UCUUCAUGGUGCAGCGAUAACCUGGACUCUUUUUGUCCUUCCUCUUCCCCAUUAUUUGCACACAAGAACAGCUCAUGUCUUUGAUAUGGGCAUGAUGAUCUUUGAGCCUUAUAGGACUGUCCUGUUUCUGGCUUUAUCUGUGACUCUUUUACAAUCCGUGAGAUGCCAAGACGGUGAGGAUGAGUUGAGCUGUACAGAGAACGGGCAGGUGUACACAAACAGAGACAUCUGGAAACCUGAGCCAUGCAGGAUCUGUGUUUGUGACAGUGGAACCAUCCUGUGCGAUGAGGUACAAUGUGAUGAGGUGUCGAACUGUGCAAAGGUAGUGAUCCCACCGGGAGAGUGCUGUCCGGUCUGCCAGGGCGAUGCAGCUGAAGGUGGCAAUGGCAGACCAGGAGGCAGAAUCGCCAAGGGCCAGAAAGGGGAACCUGGAGUUGUACCACAUAUCGUUGGAAUAAGAGGUCGUCCUGGACCAAUGGGGCCUCCAGGAGCACCAGGGUUUAGAGGAGACAGCGGACCCAAAGGUCGACCUGGUCUUAGAGGUCCCCCUGGUUAUGAUGGAGAGCCUGGUAUUCCAGGACACCCAGGAGAGCCAGGACCUCCAGGACCUCCUCCCGGAGGUGAGUUGGCUUCACAUAUGGCUGGAGGAUUUGCUGACAAAAUGGGACCCCAGGCACUAAUGCCCGGUGUUCGGGGAGAAGCAGGAACAAGGGGACCACCUGGGCCGAAUGGGUCACCAGGACCUUCUGGACCACAAGGACCUCCUGGUGAUGUAGGAGAUCCAGGGCCAAUGGGUGGCGCUGGGCAGAGGGGACCAGAGGGUCCUCCGGGAAAGCCUGGUGAAGAUGGAGAAGCAGGUACUCCAGGAAGUGCAGGAGAAAUGGGAUUCCCUGGAUCUCCGGGAGGAAGAGGAUUUCCAGGGACACCGGGGCCCCCAGGCUUAAAGGGCCACAGAGGUCACCAAGGUCCAGAUGGUCUUAAAGGAGAACGUGGAGCUUUGGGAUCCAAGGGUGAAUCUGGUGGAUCUGGUCCAAUGGGUGCUCCUGGUCCUAUGGGUCCCAGGGGAAUGCCAGGAGAAAGAGGACGCCCAGGUCCAGGUGGCGCAGCGGGUACACGUGGUGGUCAAGGAAACAUGGGAAAACCAGGCCCGAUGGGUCCUAUGGGAAUUAAUGGUGCCCCAGGUUAUCCUGGAUCUCCAGGCAUGAAGGGUCAACCAGGACCUACUGGUGUGAGGGGACCAGAGGGACCACAGGGACAAAGAGGAGAAACAGGACAUCAAGGCAGAUCUGGACCAACAGGACAACAAGGCCCUAUGGGCACUGAUGGUGGUCCAGGUUCCAAAGGCCCAGUGGGAGUUCCUGGUCCUCAGGGUCCCGUUGGUCUACUUGGGCCAACUGGCCCACCAGGUCCUCAGGGAAGCACUGGACAGCCUGGGAUCAAAGGUCAAUUGGGAGAUUUAGGUGUUGCUGGAUUUAAAGGAGAGGCUGGACCUAAAGGAGAACCUGGUCCACCAGGAUCACAGGGAGUACUUGGACCUCAGGGAGAGGAGGGAAAACGUGGACCCAGAGGAGAUCCUGGUUCUAUUGGCCCACCUGGACCUGUUGGUGAGAGAGGGGCACCUGGAAACAGAGGCUUUCCAGGUCAAGAUGGCUUACAGGGUCCAAAGGGUGCACAAGGAGACCGUGGAACUUCAGGAACCUCUGGCCCUAAAGGUUCAACUGGUGAUCCAGGAAGAACAGGUGAACCAGGUCUACCAGGAGCAAGAGGUUUGACAGGUACGCCUGGAGUUCAGGGUGCUGAAGGAAAACCAGGACCAUUGGGUGCUCCAGGUGAGGAUGGACGUCCAGGGCCUGCAGGGUCGACAGGAACAAGAGGCCCUAUCGGAACUAUGGGACCAAUAGGACCCAAGGGUUUUAGUGGGGAUCCAGGAAAGGCAGGUGAGCAGGGAUCUGCUGGAGUUCCUGGGCAAAGGGGUCCACCUGGCAAAGAUGGAGAAGUAGGCCCAGCUGGUCCACCAGGUCCACAUGGUACAGCAGGCGAGCGAGGUGAACAGGGACCUCCUGGAAUGCACGGUUUCCAGGGGUUGCCUGGACCAGCAGGUGCUCCUGGGGAGGGAGGAAAACCUGGUGAUCAGGGUAUCCCUGGUGAGGGUGGUCCAGUUGGCCAAAUUGGACCAAGGGGUGAACGUGGAAUCCCUGGAGAGAGAGGAGAGUUGGGACCUGCUGGUCUGCCUGGAGCCAAAGGUAUCCCAGGAGCACCUGGUCCUGAUGGCCCAAAGGGCAGCCCUGGACCUACUGGUACAUUGGGCAAUCAAGGCCCUCCUGGUCUGCAGGGAAUGCCAGGUGAAAGAGGGAUCUCUGGCCCACCUGGUCCAAAAGGAGACAGAGGAGCUAUUGGUGAGAAAGGAUCAGAAGGCACCCCGGGAAGUGAUGGUGCAAGGGGUUUGACUGGUCCAAUUGGCCCUGCAGGACCCCAUGGCCCAAGUGGUGAAAAGGGAGAACCAGGCCCUAAGGGACCACCUGGUCCUCAAGGAUCAAGAGCAAUGCCAGGUUCCCGUGGUGAACCUGGGCCAAUAGGUGCUGUGGGCUUUGUCGGACCUCCUGGUCUUGAUGGUCAGCCUGGUCCAAAAGGACCACCUGGAGAGCCUGGACAAAAGGGUGAUGCUGGAUCUCCUGGCCCUCAAGGGUUGGCUGGCCCUCCUGGGCCACAGGGUAAACUUGGUGUUGCUGGACCAAAGGGUGGUAGAGGAACACAGGGGGCACCAGGUCCAACCGGGUUUCCUGGAUCUGCUGGAAGGGUUGGCCCACCUGGUCCAACAGGUCCUAUUGGUGAACCAGGUCCUCUUGGUCUUCCUGGAAAAGAGGGUCCACCUGGACUUCGAGGAGACCAUGGACCUCCAGGACGCCAAGGAGAAAGAGGCCCCCCUGGGCCUGCUGGAGGCCCUGGGGACAAAGGAGAUUCUGGAGAAGAUGGACCACCAGGACCUGACGGUCCACCCGGUCCUGCAGGAACAACAGGGCAAAGAGGAAUUGUAGGCCUUCCUGGUCAAAGAGGAGAGCGUGGAAUGGCAGGACUCCCUGGACCUGCAGGUCCUCCAGGAAAACAGGGUACAUCAGGAGCCCCUGGAGACAAAGGACCACCUGGCCCUGUUGGAGUGCCGGGUGCUAAUGGACCUCGGGGAGAUCCUGGACCUGAUGGACCCGCUGGAUCUGAUGGCCCACCAGGAAAAGAAGGUGUCAUAGGAGCCCAGGGUGAUCGAGGAGAUCCAGGCCCAGAGGGUGUGCUUGGAACUGUAGGACAGCCUGGGCCCCCUGGUCCUGUUGGUGCAACUGGGGGGGUUGGAAAGAGAGGAGAGCCUGGUUCAAAAGGACCCUCUGGCCCUCCAGGUCCAGCUGGAAAACGAGGACUCACAGGACCACAAGGACCAAGGGGAGAUAAGGGUGAUAUUGGUGACCAUGGGGAAAGAGGACAGAAGGGUCAUAGAGGAUUUGCAGGCUUACAAGGUCUUCCUGGAUCACCUGGCACAACUGGAGAACAAGGGGCCACAGGCAUUGUUGGUCCAAGUGGACAAAGAGGACCUCCUGGACCUAUUGGGCCACCAGGAAAGGAAGGCUACAUUGGGCAACCUGGACCAAUGGGACCUCCUGGUUCAAGAGGAUCUAGUGGGGAUAUUGGACCAGAGGGACCACCUGGUGAGCCAGGCCCACCUGGCCCUCCUGGCCCUGCUGGACCACCCACUGCAGCUGUGGAUGAUCUUUUUGGUGGAGCACAUGAUUUUGACAGUGGUCCUUCUCCCCCUGACAAUAAUCAGGAUGAGGCUCUUCCCAUGAGCAACUCUACAAGUGUGUUCCAGGCUGAUCCUGGAGUUCAGGCUACUUUAAAGGCUCUGAGCAGCCAGAUUGAUAACAUGCGUAGCCCUGAUGGUAGCAGAAAACAUCCUGCCAGAACUUGCGAGGACUUGAAACAGUGCUACCCUCAAAAAAAGAGUGGUGAAUACUGGGUAGAUCCAAACCAAGGCAGUGCAGAGGACGCCAUUAAAAUCUAUUGCAACAUGGACACCGGAGAAACAUGCAUCUCCGCAAUUCCAUCCAGCAUCCCCCGGAAGUCAUGGUGGAGCUCCCCAGGAAAUAAACCUGUGUGGUUUGGAGCUAAUAUGAAUGGAGGAACAUAUUUCACUUAUGGGAACAAAGACCAGCCAGCCAACACUGUCACAGUUCAGAUGACUUUCAUCCGUCUACUCUCAAAAGAGGCAUCACAGACUAUCACUUACCACUGCAAGAACACUGUGGGCUACAAGGAUGAAUCAACUGGAAACCUCAAGAAAGCAGUCAUCCUCAAAGCUUCAAAUGAUCUAGAGCUCAAAGCUGAGGGAAAUAACCGCUUUAGAUACACCGUCCUUGAGGACAGUUGUUCACAAGCAAAUGGGAAUUGGGGCAAGACAGUGUUUGAAUACAGGACCCAGAAAACAGCAAGACUACCUAUUGUGGAUAUUGCACCAGUGGACAUUGGAGGUUCAGAUCAGGAGUUUGGAAUUGAUAUUGGGCCUGUGUGCUUCUUGUAAAUCACGAAGUGGAGACGCAUUGAAGAGAUUCCUGGGACUCUCGUGAGUGACUGCUGAAAAGAUCAGCCUUGUACAUACAGAGCAUUGGACUUUUCUGGCCCCUGUAGCAAGAUAUUUAUUGUGCCUGCCAAGUGAUUCCUGAAAUCAACCACUCAACAAGGUUUUUUCCAGAUUGAGCCCUUGAAAUAAAUUCAAUUAACUGAAUUUUACUCUACAAGACUAUCCAUCAACUGCUGUUUUAAAUUGAGAUGGCAAUUGCUAACAACACCGUAAUGAUCGUACACACUGUACCAACGCUAGUUGCAAUUAAAAUCAUCUGAAUUUGCCUUUUUUUCAUGACAAUAUUUUUGUUUUUGUAUUAUUGUUACACAAAAAUGGUGCUAUAGAGGAAGUUUACGUUAAAAUGAAUAUUUUUGACUCCCAAAUCUGUACUCUUGUUCGAUCACCUUGUAGUUAAUUACAACAUGAGUUUACAAUUAAAGAUGAAAUUUUACAGAACAGUGCAAGCUACCUCGUUUCUAUAAACUAGCAAAAACUGACAGCAGACUUGCUGUAUGGGAAUUGUGAAAUGAGCUGUACAACUCUUUCAGCAAAAGUUUCAAAGCAGGGUAAAGAAAUGAAAAUAAAAUUCAAUUAAAUGCAUCUGAGACUCUAAUUUCUAAAAGGUGCAUUAUUAUUGCUCGUUUCCAUUAUGUAAAUCAAGUAUUCCCUCUAGCGAUUGGUUUUAUAUUUUUAUAUAAGGCUUUUGCAAAGGUAAAAGGCACAAUAUAGUAAACUCUGAUGUAGCUUAAAAACCUCCAGUUCGGACAAUUUGUGAUGUCAUAUUUUCUAAAGCAUGCAGGUAUUCCUAUAAUUCUGACUUUUUCUCCUUUUAUCAUUAUUUUAGCCUACUUUAGACAGCUUUUAAGUCAUUUUGUUUGGCUUUGAAGCUACUCUCAUGUAUUUUCUUUUUUGCAAAUUAAACAUAUGAUCAGUACCAUUUUAAUGAAUGAAUCAAAACCUUUUUUUCUCUUACAAAAUUGCUUGUUUUCUCCAUCACCUUUUAAGCAUGAAAAUAUAUUUUAAUGAAUAAAAUGUAAGAUAUUGCUUUGCUUCAUUAUAUCCUCUAUAAGUUGAUUUGUUUCAGUUUUGUUAAAACUUGAAUGUUUUAUAUUUUUAUUAUAUUUAUUUUUUCUUAAUUACAAAGAAGUGGCAGGGAUAACACAAUUUGAAAACAUUUUGUCCUUUCUGUAUGUUCAAUAUUAAGUAAAGUUGUAAAUCAUGUGACUAGAAAAUGUCUAAGAUUGCAAUGACUGCUUUAAGUUAGCAUUGUUUUAUGAGGGAGAAUUAAAUACGGCAAAUCCUCAAUUUACAACUCCUGUUUGAAUGUCAUAUUGUUAUUUAUUGUACAUUCCUAAGAUAAGCUUUCCACGAUUACAGAACUGAUUGAAAUAUGACACAUCUCAGUGUAGCACUAUGAAUGGAAAAACACUUUCGUUGAACAUUCAUUGGUCAACAAUGGUCGUGGGGAGUGGAGAACAUGAGUCUGAUUCCAGCGACGCUCCAGGGACAGACGAGUCUUCAUUGAGGCCAUCUUCCAGCAUAAACCACGGCGAUUGAAGUUCUGCACAAGA